CUUUCAUGAGAAUAAAAAGAAAAAUUCACAUAAAAUAUUUAGAAUCUUUUGUCUCUUUAUUGUUACUCUACGAUUACUAAUAUCAAAAUGCAAGUCACUGAAAAUACAAACGAAUGGAUUAACUGGAUUGAAGAAUCUGUUUCUAAGGAAUAUUAUAGAUUUUACGAACGUGCCCAUUUUAGUAACAUUCAAAAAGUUGGUACUGGAAGAUUCGGAAAAGUUUAUCGUGCAAAUUGGAAAAAUUCAGGAAAAUAUUUAGCCUUGAGAUCCUUUUUUAAUCUUGACGAUGUUACCGCAAAAGAAGUUGUUCAUGAGCUUAAGAUUCAUCGUGAUAUACAAUUUCAUAAUAAUAUUAUUAAAUUCCAUGGAAUUGCAAAAUUUGACCCAGAAAAUCAAAAUUUUCAAUCAAAUAAUUAUUUGUUAGUAAUGGAGUAUGCUGAUUCUGGUACUCUUAAAAAUUAUUUAAAAGAAAAUUUCAAUAAUCUUACCUGGAAUGAUAAAUGUAACUUGGCGUAUCAAUUAGCUUGUGCCGUUUCAUGUUUACAUAAUGAAGGAGUAGUACACCGUGAUUUGCAUUCCAGCAAUGUAUUAGUCCGUCAGAAUACUAUCAAAUUAUCUGAUUUUGGGUUAUCAAAGAGAAUUGAAUUAUCAUCCAACGCACAAUCAAAUUUACUUGGAACAAUUCCUUACGUUGAUCCAAAGGGAUUUAGUGAACGAAGAGAGAAUAAAAAUUCAACACAAAUAUCCUCAUUAAAUGAAAAAAGUGAUAUCUAUAGUGUUGGCGUAUUAUUCUGGGAGAUAUCAAGUGGUCAUCCUCCCUUUUAUACUGAAGGUGGACAAUAUGAUAUUGAUUUGGCUUUAGAAAUUUCACAGGGUCUUAGAGAAAAACCCAUUCCCAAUACCCCUGAUGAUUAUAUUAAAGUUUAUACUGAUUGUUGGAGUGGCGAACCCGUUAAUCGUCCAACCAUAAACCAAGUAGUAGAAAGAUUAAAAACAAUUAUUGAAAAAUCAAACAUAAAUACUGUGGAGAAUAAAGAAGAAUUCGUUUGAUGGAUGAUACAAGAACUUUAGCAGUUAGGAGAUAAUCAGAUUUAUUACUGUAUAUAUAGUAUCUCUCACAUUUCUCAAUAUUUCUCAAUAAUAUUUUGUCGCAAAUAGUAAUAGAUCGCUCUUUAAAUUUGAUUCUUGCUUUCAAAUUAUCUAUAAAUAAAGGGUUCAUUAUUACUUACUACA